CGAGGGAUAGACAAGCACCAAGGUCUGCAGCCCCAGAGGCCUGGCUUCCAGGUAGCAGAAGUAUUGGAAGUGGUACCACGCAGCCUCCAAGGCUUCCAGGAGCAUCGGUUCCCCGUCUCCCCAAGGAUGGGUCUCCAGGGGAGGUUCUGCUUCCCCCUGGUGCUCCUGCUGGGCUCUGUGCUCUUGGCGACCUCGGCCCCAGCCACUCUCGAGUCUUCUGGAUGCAGCGAGAAGGAGCAACAGGUCACUGUCAGCCACACCUACAAGAUCGACGUGCCCAAGUCUGCCUUCGUCCAGGUGGAGGCUGACCCCCAGCCCCUUCGUGGUGAUGGAACCUCGCUCCUGGCCCCAGAGGAGACCGAGGAACAGAAUAUUGUCUUCAGGCACAACAUCCGCCUGCAGACGCCACAGAAGGACUGUGAGCUGGCAGGCAGCGUGUGGGACCUCCUGGCCCGGGUGAAGAAGCUGGAGGAGGAGAUGGCGGAGGUGAAGGAGCGGUGCAGUGCCCAGCGCUGCUGCCCAGGAGCAGCUGGUCUGAGCCGCCACUGUAGUGGCCACGGGACCUUCUCCCUGGACACGUGCAGCUGCCACUGCGAGCAUGGCUGGGAGGGCGCCGACUGCGAGCGGCUCGCCUGCCCCGGCGCCUGCAGCGGCCACGGGCGCUGCGUGGACGGCCGCUGCGUGUGCGAGCCGCCCUAUGUGGGCGCCGACUGUGCCUACCCCGCGUGCCCUGAGAACUGCAGCGGUCACGGCACAUGCGUGCGUGGCGUCUGCAAGUGCCAUGAGGACUUCACGUCGGAGGACUGCAGCGAGAAGCGCUGCCCCGGCGACUGCAGCGGCCACGGCUUCUGCGACACGGGCGAGUGUUACUGCGAGGAGGGCUUCACCGGCCUGGACUGUGCCCAGGUGGUCGCCCCCCAGGGACUGCAGCUGCUCAAGAGCACGGAGGAUUCCCUGCUGGUGAGCUGGGAGCCUUCCAGCCAGGUAGACCACUACCUCCUCAGUUACUACCCGCUGGGGAAGGAGCUCUCUGUGAAGCAGAUCAAAGUGCCCAAGGAGCAGCACAGCUAUGAGAUCCUUGGUUUGCUGCCGGGAACCAAGUACAUCGUGAGCCUGCGCAACGUGAAGAAAGAGAUUUCCAGCAGCCCACAGCAUCUACUGGCCACCACAGAUCUUGCUGUGCCUGGCACUGCCUGGGUGACGGAUGAGACGGAGAACUCCCUUGACGUGGAAUGGGAGAACCCCCUGACCGAGGUGGACUACUACAAGUUGCAGUAUGGCCCCCUGACAGGGCAAGAGGUGGCCGAGGUCACCGUGCCCAAGAGCGGUGACCCCAAGAGCCGAUAUGACAUCACAGGUCUGCAGCCGGGGACGGAAUAUAAGAUCACAGUCAUCCCCAUGAGGGGAGACCUCGAGGGCAAGCCGAUUCUUCUGAAUGGCAGGACAGAAAUCGAUAGUCCAACCAAUGUGGUUACUGACCGAGUGACCGAAGACACAGUGGCGGUCUCCUGGGACCCAGUCCGGGCGGUCAUUGAUAAGUACAUGGUGCGCUACAUCUCCGCUGAUGGGGAGACCAGGGACACGGCGGUGCCCAGGGAGGAGAACAGCACUGUCCUGACAGGCCUGAGGCCGGGGGAGGCCUAUGAAGUCUACGUGUGGGCUGAGAGGGGCAACCAGGAGAGCAAGAAGGCGGACACCAUGGCCCUCACAGAAAUUGACAGCCCCCAGAACCUAGUGACCCAUCAGGUGACGGAGAAUACGGCCACCGUCUCCUGGGACCCGGUACAGGCCGUCAUCGACAGGUACCUGGUGCGCUACACCUCUGCUGACGGAGACACCAGGGAGGUUCCAGUGGGGAAGGAGCAGAGCAGCACCAUCCUGACGGGCCUGAGGCCAGGUGUGGAGUACACGGUCCACGUGUGGGCUGAGAAGGGGAACCGGGAGAGCAGGAAGGCUGACACCAAGGCCCCGACAGAAAUCGACAGCCCCCAAAACCUGGUGACCGAGCAGGUGACAGAGAACACGGCCACCGUCUCCUGGGACCCAGUGCAGGCCGUCAUCGACAGGUACCUGGUGCGCUACACCUCUGCUGACGGAGACACCAGGGAGGUUCCGGUGGGGAAGGAGCAGAGCAGCACCGUCCUGACGGGCCUGAGGCCGGGCGUGGAGUACACGGUCCACGUGUGGGCCCAGAAGGGGGACCGGGAGAGCAGGAAGGCCGACACCACGGCCCCGACAGACAUUGACAGCCCCAAAAACCUGGUGACCGAGCAGGUGACAGAGAACACGGCCACCGUCUCCUGGGACCCGGUGCAGGCCGUCAUCGACAGGUACCUGGUGCGCUACACCUCUGCUGACGGAGACACCAGGGAGGUUCCAGUGGGGAAGGAGCAGAGCAGCACCGUCCUGACGGGCCUGAGGCCGGGCGUGGAGUACACGGUCCACGUGUGGGCCCAGAAGGGGGACCAGGAGAGCAGGAAGGCCGACACCAAGGCCCCAACAGACAUCGACAGCCCCAAAAACCUGGUGACUGAGCAGGUGACAGAGAACACGGCCACCGUCUCCUGGGCCCCGGUGCAGGCCGUCAUCGACAGGUACCUGGUGCGCUACACCUCUGCUGACGGAGACACCAGGGAGGUUCCAGUGGGGAAGGAGCAGAGCAGCACCGUCCUGACGGGCCUGAGGCCGGGCGUGGAGUACACGGUCCACGUGUGGGCCCAGAAGGGGGACCGAGAGAGCAGGAAGGCCGACACCAAGGCCCCGACAGACAUUGACAGCCCCCAAAACCUGGUGACCAAGCAGGUGACGGAGAACACGGCCACUGUCUCCUGGGCCCCGGUGCAGGCCGUCAUCGACAGGUACCUGGUGCGCUACACCUCUGCUGACGGAGACACCAGGGAGGUUCCAGUGGGGAAGGAGCAGAGCAGCACCGUCCUGACGGGCCUGAGGCCGGGCGUGGAGUACACGGUCCACGUGUGGGCCCAGAAGGGGGACCGGGAGAGCAGGAAGGCCGACACCACGGCCCUGACAGAAAUUGACAGCCCCCAGAACCUGGUGACUGAGCAGGUGACGGAGAACACGGCCACCGUCUCCUGGGCCCCGGUGCAGGCCGUCAUCGACAGGUACCUGGUGCGCUACACCUCUGCUGACGGAGACACCAGGGAGGUUCCAGUGGGGAAGGAGCAGAGCAGCACCGUCCUGACGGGCCUGAGGCCGGGCGUGGAGUACACGGUCCACGUGUGGGCCCAGAAGGGGGACCAGGAGAGCAGGAAGGCCGACACCACGGCCCCGACAGACAUUGACCCUCCCCAAAACCUUCAUCCUUCUGCUGUAACCCACUCUGGUGGGGUAUUGACCUGGACACCCCCCUCUGCCGAGAUUGAUGGCUAUAUUCUGACCUACCAGUUCCCGGAUGGCACUGUGAAGGAGGUGCAGCUUGGAAGAGGGGACCAGAGGUUUGAGUUGCAAGGCCUUGAGCAGGGUGUCACCCUCCCUGUCUCCUUAGUUGCCUUUAAGGGUGAUCGCCGGAGCAGGAGUGUAUCUACCAACCUUUCCACAGUUGGUGCCCGUUUUCCACACCCUUCGGACUGCAGUCAAGUUCAGCAGAACAGCAACGUCGCCAGUGGCCUCUACACCAUCUACCUGCAUGGGGAUGCCAGCCGGCCCCUGCAGGUGUACUGUGACAUGGACACAGAUGGAGGCGGCUGGACUGUCUUCCAGAGGCGGAACACCGGGCAGCUGGAUUUCUUCAAGCGCUGGCGGACCUACGUGGAAGGCUUCGGGGACCCCAUGAAGGAGUUCUGGCUUGGACUUGACAAGCUACACAACCUCACCAUGGGCACGCCCACCCGCUAUGAGGUGAGAGUGGACUUACAGACUGCCAACGAAUCUGCCUAUGCCGUGUACGACUCCUUCCAGGUGGCCUCCAGCAAGGAGCGGUACAGGCUCACAGUCGGGAAAUACAGAGGCACGGCAGGGGACGCACUCACUUACCACAACGGAUGGAAGUUUACAACCUUUGACCGAGACAACGACAUCGCCCUCAGCAACUGUGCCCUGACGCAUCAUGGCGGCUGGUGGUACAAGAACUGCCACUUGGCCAACCCCAACGGCAGAUAUGGGGAGACCAAGCAUAGUGAGGGGGUGAACUGGGAGCCGUGGAAGGGACAUGAAUUCUCCAUUCCUUUUGUGGAGUUGAAGAUCCGACCUCACGGCUACAGCGGGGAGCAUGUCCUGGGCAGAAAGAAGCGAAUGCUGGGAGAAAAUUCGAGAACGUUCUGACGGCCCAUUUGUCUACAUACGGCACAAGAGGAGACCAGCCCAGGGUUGGGGCCAUCCGUGUAAGCGUGGGGUGGGGUGGGUAGUGGUGACUGGCUAAUGGAAGUUUGAAGAAUGCUCAUAGCUCCUGGCUUCUGAGAUGGCUGGAUAACCUGCAGGACAAAGCAUGUCACCAAGCUCUGAGUCAUGCAGCUUACUUCCCUGUCACCUACCUUUUGCCCACGUAUACUGGGGGCCUGAAAAUCCAUACAAAAGUAGCUGCAUGGUGUGUAUGGGAGAGACAGCACUGAAGCUGCAAGGUUUUCUGUUCUAUCUUCAGUAACAAAUAUAUGGGGUUAGGGGAAAAAAAAGUGAAGAAUCAUCUGGUACUUCACUAAUUGGAAAUCUCAAAAUUGGUGUGUGUGUGUGUAUGUAUAUGUAUAUACACAUAGUUCUACUAAUACAAUCUUCUGUCUAAAAAGAAGCACCAAAGAGGGGUUUCUCUUUGAUGACAAGGGGCUGAUAUAAGCCUGAAACUUACCUUCCAUUACCACUGGAUUUGGGGGGAAAAAGGCAUAAAUCUUCCCCCUUUUAAAAAAUUGCUGAUGUUAUUCAAGGGAACUAGAAGAGACAGAGAGUUGAAUUUUGCUAAGUUCUGACUGGUAUCCGGCAUGCUGGAAACCCCAGCUUCCACAUUACUGCUAUUUUGAAGUGCCCCCUGCCAUUCAUCUGCAUAACCACUUUUGUAGAUCCGCAUAUGUAUAAAUUCACACUUAUUUCAACCUUGAAUAGUUUGACUCUCUUGGUAAUUGGGUCCUCCCAAAGACUUUUCUUUGUCACUCCUUCAUA